CCUUUCCUGAGCGCCUCUUGUUCCACACGGACUGUUUAGCGAGUACUCGUAAAUAUCAGUAAAGAUGGCGACGCUCUUGAAGAAGCCACAUGUCGUUGUUGAAGAGGGAAAUGAGGAAGAGUGUGGCGUUUCUGAUGACAGCGUCAGUAAUGAUGGAGAGAGUGGACCAGGAAGUGAUCAGGAGGGAUCCGGUGUGGGAAGUGAUGUAGAAGACAGCGGUGAUGAGGAUGGAAAGAGUGAAGAAGGACAGAAUGGAGAUGGUGUGGAAAAUCCCAACGUCGGAUGGGCUGAAGCCAUGGCCAAAAUCCUGGGGAAAAAAACGCCAGACAGCAAACCCAGCAUCCUCCUGAAGAACAAAGAGCUGGACAAGAUCAAAGAGAAGGAGAAGAAAGAGCGACUUAAAAAAAAGAAACAGAUCGAUAAGAAACGAGCAUGGGAGAAUAUGUGCAGAGAGAAGCCUGAUGUGGUUCGAGACCGAGAGCAUGAGCGGAACCUACAGAAAAUUGCUACUAGAGGUGUGGUGCAGUUGUUCAACGCAGUGAAGAAGCAUCAGAAGAACGUGGACGAAAGGAUAAAGGAAGUUGGGGGUUCAGAGAGAAAGAAAUCCAGAAUUCUGUCCUCAGUGACUAAGAAGGACUUUAUUGAUGUCUUGAGAGGAGCAGACGUGGCUCACAAACCGGCCAUUAAAAAAGAGAAAGUGCAGCCUGUAGAAGUGAAAGGGGAGAAUCCGUCCUGGAGCGUGUUGAGGGAUGAUUUUAUGAUGGGCACAUCCAUGAAGGACUGGGAUAAGGAGAGUGAUGAAGAGCGUGAAGGAGAAGAGGAGGGAGGAGAAGACAACCUUGAGUCUGAUGAAGACUGCAGCAGUGAAUCGGACUGAUCCAUCACUACUGCACAUGUGCAUCAUGUAGUGCAUACAUGCAAGUGCUCUUAGAGACCCCGAGAUCUGCCCUGCGCCGAGAGACAAGACUCAGCAUUACCUGGAGUUCUCAGAGGGUGGAUCAUGUGGUACUGGGAUAGAGAGAGACAGUAAUCUGUGAUGUUGCCCUGAUCUUGAUUUGUUAAUGUGUCCUGGUAAAGCAGGGUCUUUUUUGAGUGCAUUGAUGAGUGCUGCACAUUUUGCCAAACCUCUGUGCUCUUUUUCUGUAUAUAGUCAUUUAUAUCACAGUGUCCUUUGCUAAAUAAAUCAUUUCCUUCAUGA